AGUAACAGUGUCUCAUGAAAUUUUGUUAGAUUUCUGAUUUAGUAAAAUACAUUCAUACUUUCUGCCGCAUAAACUUGAACUCUAGACUGCGGACUUGAACCUCUCACCUCACCUAUGAGUGUCAUGCCCCGACUCCUGACCGAAAAACAUAAAAAAGGGAAGAAGUUGCAGAGUUUCCUGUAACUUGAGAGAGAGAGACAGAGAGAGAUGGAUUUCAAACUUGCAGCAUUGAAGCUGACGAGUGGACAGAUGAAGGAUGUUUUAACUUCAAGAUCUGGCAUGACUUUUGGUGGUACACUUUUCCAGAGAGCUUGGGUUCAGGGAACUCUGGUUGCAGAAAUUAAAAAAGGGUAUUUCUAUCUAGAUGAUGGAACUGGGAUUAUAGAACUUCAACUUUCCAACGAACACCUCCUCCGAAACUGGAAAAUAGGAAUGUAUGUGAUGGUUGUUGGUUUGCUCGUAAUGCGUACAAGUGAAUCUCCAUUGAUCAGGGUUCACAAAAUGGUUGAUCUUUAUGGGUCUCCUGAUAGAGAAGCAAUGUGGUACCUAGAAGUGAUUGAGGCUUACAAGCUGUUUUAUGAUCUCUCAUUUGAAGAAUGAACCAUCAUUUCAUGUCUAUACUAUUACUAGGUGUUCAAUGCUGCUCAACUUGAUGGCUUGAUAUAACCGAGUUAGUUAGUUUAAUAUAUAGAUACUUUUUACUCUUUAUCGUCAUUUGUCCUCCUUUUCGAAUUAUAGAUUCACCUGGAAUUUCUAGUAUUCCUCUGCGGACACUCACCAACACUGCACAUUACGAAGUUCAAAGAUGACAAUCCAUUCACUCAAUUAGAAAUUUCUGUUUGUUAGACUACCUCUCAGACAAACUCUUAUGAGUUAUGACCCUUCAACUUGGGACGAGGAGAAAAAAAAGAUAGUUACCCAAGCAAUCUCUCUUCUA